AUGGCCGCCGCCGCCGCCAACAACAACUCCGGCCUCCAUUGCGAGGUUUGGCAGCCCCAAGAUUUCUCUGAAACUCCCUCCUCCUCUUCUUCUUCUUCUCAAUCUCAACCCCCUGAAUUCUUCAUCGAUUUCUACGUUUCCUCUUACGCAACACAAGGCGACGAAAUCAUCAGCACGCUUCGUUACAAGAAUUUCCGCCAAAGAUGUGACGUUCUAACUCAGGAUUCCUUCUCUUGGUCUGCAAUUUCCUCUAUGCUUUCCGAAACCAAUGUCCCUUAUCAUCUUCAACCCUUUUUCAUUCACCAAAUUUCUAUUAGGGCUCGGGGAAUCGCUACCGAACCGAUUAACGCUCUCUCCCGCACCAUUCCCAUGGUCGUCGAGCUCAUGCUCCCCGAGGAAGCCAUGGAGGAUUCCAGUUAUGGGUCCGAUACCCACAUGGGAAUUGUGUCGGGUCGGGCCAGUAGGGCUUCGAUUCAGGACAUGGAGAGAGUUGAAAUUGAUGGGGUUUUGAGUGAUUGUGUUAUCUGUUUGGAUGAGAUUGUUUCAAUUGGGUAUGAAAUAGAUGCAGUUCGAAUGCCUUGUUUACAUGUUUAUCAUCGAAAUUGUAUUCACAAAUGGCUAGAAUUCAGCAACCGUUGCCCUUUGUGUCGGUUUCAGAUGCCAUUGGAAGAGGAAUGA